AUCAAUGUAAGACAAGAUCCUAGCAUCCCUACCUAUGGGCUCCAAUAAUCUAUCUCAAUCAACACCAGGCUACAGGACUGCUAUGUGGUCCCACCAACAUCUGUGCAGUCAGAACGGGUGCAGAGCAGACCAGCACCCAGCACCAGAAAGUUCAAAGGAGAAAAAGGAACAGUCAGCCAAGAUCUUAAGGACAGAUAUGCCAAACAUGCAGCCACUACCCAAGUGUUGUCCAGGGACAGUGGGAUGGCAGUCUGGAGGCCGGAAACCCAAGAGGAACAGCAGUUGGAGGUCAUGCCAACCAUCCAUGGCAUCCUCCCUGAGGGUUUCCAGGCUUUGUACCACACUGUGGUAGAGUCCAUGUUGUGAGAUCCUUCUGGAAGCCCCAAGAGGUACAGCUCAGAGCUAGGCAAGGCCAUUAAACAAAGGCUCUGGGAAGCUUUGCACAGUCAACUGCCACCAGGAGUGCCUGGAGGGACCUGA